CUCCCUUCUGUCGCGGCCUGUUCACGUGCGGGUCGCCCGCGAGCCCACGAGCCUUGUUAAAAGCGUCCGCGUGUCGCUAGACUAGCCAAUUUUCUCUACACCCUUAUUCGUCACGCGUCUCGUCGCUUCAUUUCUUUUCUAAGGUGCUCUGUUUUUCAUUUCUUUCGCUUCUCCUAGACAGCUGAUCCUUCGGGAAGAACUUGGUUGCUCGCGAUCCGAUCCUGCAGGAAAAAAGGCGAGGGUAGCAUGGAGAUUCUCACGUGAGAGGCGUGUUCCUCGGUAACCGACGAGAGAAAAAUAACACACCCUCGUCUCCGGAAAAAGAAGAAAAGGAAGAAGAAGAGGAAGAAGAAGGGAGAAAAAACAAGCCGGUUCACGAACGAAUUAAUAAUGCCGAACGAGAGGAGCACAGAGGAUCGAGUGAACUUUACUUACAGGGGAUUCCAUAGUUACCCUAGAAAAGGACAAAAGUGAAGUUUCAACAAUGGGGGUGUACGUGACAGGUGUGAUCGGUGUGAUAGUGUUUUAUCUAUCGGUAUUGGGCAUUGGAAUUUGGGCAGCCAUCGCGAAGAAGAAACCCUCGCGACAAGGGCAAGAUGCGAUGAUGCUGGCGAAUCGUGGCCUCGGCCCUAUUCUCGGUUUCUUCACCCUGAUAGCCACCUGGGUUGGAGGCGCCUACGUGAACGGGACCGCUGAAGUCAUGUUUACCAGAGGAUUAGCCUGGUGUCAAGUGCCAUUCGGUUACAGCAUCAGUCUACUGUUCGGCGCGGUGCUGUUCGUACGACCCAUGAGAAAAGCCGAGUACGUAACCAUGCUGGAUCCUUUUCAAGAAAGAUACGGGGCCGGUGUCGGAGGUCUCCUGUUUCUACCUGCACUAUGCGGUGACUUGUUUUGGUGCGCUGCUGUUCUCAGAGCUUUGGGCAGCUCGUUGACAGUGGUGAUCGGAUUGGAUUCGAGUAUCAGCAUUUGUGGUUCGGCACUUUUGGCUGCUAUGUACACCGUGUUCGGUGGAUUGUAUUCAGUUGCGUAUACCGAUGCUCUACAAUUAGCCUGCAUUAUAAUCGGCUUAGGGGUGGCUGCACCCUUCACCGUUCUCCAUCCAGCCGUAUCCUUCGAGAAGAACAUGGCUCCUCGUGAAUGGCUCGGAGAAAUAAAGAACGAAGAUCUCGGCGAAUGGGUAGACGGAAUGUUGCUGUUGGUAUUUGGCGGUAUACCAUGGCAGGGCUACUUCCAGAGAAUCCUGAGUAUGCGAAGCACGUCGGUAGCGACGGUUCUUUCGAUAGCAUCGACUUUCGGUUGUAUGAUCAUGGCAUUCCCGUCAGCGUUGAUUGGUGUCGUAGCUCGGGCUACCGAUUGGUCAUCCGUCGAGGGAUUUAAUAAGAGUAUGCUAGCGAACGACGGAAACGCAGCUUUACCAGUUGUACUUCGUUACUUGACGCCUCAGUGGGUCUCCUUUGUGGGAUUGGGAGCAAUUUCUGCAGCAGUGAUGUCCUCAGCAGAUUCAAGUAUAUUAGCCAGCAGUUCAAUGUUCUCUAGGAACGUUUACAGACUCACGCUAAGACCUAAGGCAUCGGAAAGGGAACUGAACUGGAUACUCAGGAUCUCUGUAAUAGUGAUCACGGUUCUGUCGACCUCAAUUGCUCUCACAGUGGACAGCGUUUAUUAUCUGUCGUAUCUCUGCUCGGAUCUUGUUUACGUAGUACUGUUCCCUCAAUUGUUAACCGUGGUACAUUGGCCCUCUUUGGUCGACACUUACGGAUGUCUAGCCGGAUAUUUCAUAGCUGUCGUUUUACGUCUUUGUGGAGGAGAGAAGGGUCUUGGUGUACCAGCGCUAUUCGAGUACCCUUUUUACGAUACUGAAACGCAGACACAGAAAUUUCCAUUUCGCACCGGUGCCAUGUUGGUUGCUCUGUUCACCCAGCUAAUCACGAGUUUCUUCACGAGAAAUCUCCUUGGAAAGGGUUAUUUUCCUCGAUGUUGCGAUGUUCUCAGCGUUUAUUCGCCAGGAAAAUCGAAGGAUCAGUCGGGGGUUGUGCAAAGUAGUUCUGGCGCUGCAUUGAUGGACACUUCUUCCGUUAACAAAUCAACGUCAGGAAUGGAUUCGUGCGACGGUAUCGGUCCCGGCAGCUACGAGGACGACCGCACCACCACCAAUUCCGUGGAUGACACGACGGACCGUGGUGAAACUGGUACGAUAAUCGGUGACCCAUUCGAUAAGGACGCAAAGGUGAAUAAUAUCGGAAUCGCAGUUCAGAAAGCAAACCAAAGCCUCCAACACCUCCAGACUCUACAAAGAAACACGAUGCACACGAGUUCCAUGAGUGGCAGACAUACUCCCACUCCGAAUCAAUACGCUCCCAUACAAAACAACGAAAUGUCCCGGGGUCAAAUUUUGGGCGUUCGAAAUCUACGUGGUUCUAUGGGCCAGAUGUUGUUACCAACCGAUCGGCCUGUCAUUUCUUCGAGUAACAACGCCGGCAUUGUAAACAUUCCAACGAAUUCAACGGUGACGACCCCCGUGACACCAGGGCCCCAUUACACAAAGAGCAUCGAUGCCACCGCAGGAAAUGAAAAGAUAAGAGAAAAUGAGAGGAUCAGUAUCGUGGACAGAAGCAACACGGAGUUCCAAACUGUUCCAGACAACAUGUUGACUACCAUCAACGUGAAGAAGAACGUGAAGGGGGUGAAGUUGGUUGGUAUGGAGGGUGGAACGUUAAGGAGACCCUCGUUGCAGGGCACGUUUUCACCGACACCGUCGGUGGAGCUUGUCCAUAUUUUGGAUAGAAGGCAGAGUAGCGGUUCGUAUGGACCUGGUUCUCUGUCGCCGGUUCCUAUGGGCGUGGAGGCUUGCAAAACCCAUGGAACGGCCUUGGAGGGACAAAGCGGAAACGAGCACUGUAGGAUUAAGAGGGGCAUCGUCAGGCAUCACAGUUUCAACGACACAGGAGAUAGGACUUUGACCACCUUGGCCAGACAACCGACUUAUCCUUCGAUGCCGUUACGUCCAGAAGACUGUCGAAUGACUUUGGUGAAGAAGGACAGAAGGACAUCUACGAUCUCCAGACACGGUUCGGUUACGAAUGAGAAAGAGCUUAGUGGUUGUUCCACAGGAUUAGUUAUUUGCAGUCCUACGUACAGUAUGUACAGUUCGGCCGUGAAGAAUUCAAACUACUUUGUGACCGACGACGAAGCGGUCAGUAGAUUUUGAGAAUGGAAAAACGUUCAAGGAGCAGGAAUUAAUAGGAGGACAAUCGAACCCCGUCUGAUCAAUUACGAGCUCGACUACUUUUUCACUCUUUUUUUUUCACUCCUGUCAACCGGUCGUACAAUUUUCUACCACUGCCCAUUUUUUAUGUGAGUAUUGGAGCUGAUCUCUUCAAUGGAAGAUCAGUUUUUUCGUCCUGUUUACUCGUGUCGAGAAAAUUUGAGGAAUUUUAAAGGUACGCCUUUUUGGUACUUGUAAAUUUGCAAAUGGUUCAACCAGGAUUCUUUUUACUCACGGAGAACCUAUUUUAAGCCAAAUCGAUGAAAUUUCGUCCGACGUUUGGAAGAUUUUUAUCCCUGGAAAUGAUAAACCAUUCAAACUUACAAUUAAGAUUACGAUAAGAUUUUAGUUAGCGUAAUUCGUGGGUGUUAGUGGAUCGUGAAGUACACUUUAAAUGCAUUCCCUCUUGUCUAGGUAAUCUAGUUAAUUAUCCUUUGACACGUCAUUUAUAUGUAAAUUACACAGUUUCCAUUCAUUCCUGCACCAACGAACGCGUUUCAAAAGAUGACUUUCGAGACGUUAAUUGGUUGAGUCUCAUCUCUAUCAAAGUACUUAAUUUACCCUUAAAAAAUAAAGUGAUUUAUAUAUAUUUUUUCAUUAUGUAAGUAUUGGGUGGUCACCAAUUUUUCAUUGUCAAGCUUUUCCACCAAUUUUGAGAAACUUUUACUCCCUUUAGACUAAAAUAUAUUUAAAACCUACAACUGUGAACGCACAGUAUUGAAUCGAAACAACAGUAUUACAAAAGUCAGAGAACACAAAGAUUAGAUCUAAGCUUGAAAUCGCAAUAAUAGUCUUAACUUAGGUUCUCGUAUUUCUACAAACCCUACGACAGAUUAGAACUGUACGCUUUCAAAACGUUGCUCAAUCAAUUUUGCCAUCAUCAAAUUACAAAAAGAAAAAAAUUUUCAUAUUCCAUAUUUUAUAAUCAUGUAGCUAUUUUAUGGAAUGGUAAAUUUUUUUUCAAAGCAAUAAAAAAGAAAAGAAAAUUUGGGAGAUAAUACUGUUUGCUCACGAUUUAAUAUAAAAUGAAAGAAAAGAGUACAGCUCUAUUCUGUACAUUCUAGUCUACUUAGGUAACAAUGUCCCCAUUUCAGACUGAUUCAACGAGGACCCAAAUUAUUAAGCCCGUUUAUAAGGUAAUUGAUUUUUGUACAAAUCACGAACGGACGUCAUCUUUUGCGUGACUCUGUAUAGAUAGAACGAUCGAUCAAAGAAAAAAAAAAAAGAAAGAAAGAAAGAUCGAGGACCUUUGGCCAGUUGAUCGUGUAACGUGUAUGUACGUACACGUCAAUAAUUUUCGAGAGACACGAUAUACAUUAGAUGAUAAUUUAUUUACAAGGUAGACUAGGUGAUUUAGAUGGUAUAAAUUGCUAAGAAUGGUGCAACCACUUCUUGAUGUCCAGUUUAAAGGAACGAAGGAAGAUGAGGAGUGAUGAGACAGGCAUAGCUGUGAGAAUUAAAGGCAGCAGCAUGAGCUUCGCUACUCGAAACCAUUUUAUUUUCAUUUGUAACACGAAAAAAGUCGAAUUUUCCAUUUUUCUAAACUUAUAUUCCUCUAAGGAUUCUAUAAAUCUUCAAUUUCUUAAAUUUCAUCUUCUAUAAUUUUGGAUCUUUAAAUCUUCAGUUUUCUAAAUCUCUAAAUUCGAGUUUCUCAAAGAUUUUCAUUGAAAAUCAUUUUUCCUUCAUUUUUAACAUGAAAAGGAUAAAGAAAAAGAGGAAGAAGAUGGCAAAGGAAUUUUUUUUCCAACCGGAAACUCGGUUAAAAGGAGAAUAGUAGGGUCAAGGGUUUUCCGUCGCUCAACCUACUUUUUCGUACUCGUGAGGGAAGGUUAAGCUGCUGGAUAUAGAACGUCCAAUGUAUUACGUGCAAAUUUAUGAUAUUCCGAUAUGAUAAAAUACGAUAUUUUUCCACCGAUAUAAUACGUCUAGUCUGUAGGAUUUAAUGUAAACAAACGGUAGCGUUAUGAAUAUAUAUAUAUAUCACGGAGGUCUGUCUAUGUUAAUCGAUGUAACGACAGAGAGAUAGAAAUUCUCUAAACCUCCGUUGGCUCAACAACACGUGACAAAGAAUCUUUCUAGAAUAAACGAUCCACUCUACGCUUCCCCCUCCCAUGCACGAUAUACUCGUGCUCAUUUUGUAGAAACGUGAUUAAUUACCGUGUCUUGCAAUCUUCGUUGAUUCAUAGAGACUAACAGAGUUUCUUUCAAUGUAUCCUCAAUUGUAGCUCGUUUUUUCUUUCAUUAAAUUCCUCUUUGUUCCUGAUAGUCACAUAAUCAAUUUCUGUGUACUUUCGCAAGAACGACGAUUUCGCUGAAGAUAGAAAAGAUUGUAAGCUCGAGAUAAACGUCAAAGACCUAUAUCAGUAUUAUUAUUAUUAAACCGUACGAAAGAGGAUACGAUAUUUAGAAAUCGAUCCCUGAAGGGAGAUUCAGCUCUUUCGUAGUGAUACUUAAUCAUUAAGGUAGGAUUAUUUAUAACAGUGGACGUGCUAUGUAUUUCAAAAUCUCCAAAUUCGAAUGAUUAAUUACAGUGGUGAAAUUUUCUAUUCCCAUAUUUGUAAUGUCGAUCAUCGUUGAGCCCCUAAAUAUUCAAGAUCUUUAGGAGUAACGUUUUAAUUAUUUAAUCUGAAAAUUAAAAUAUAUAGCGACGUUCACGAGUAGCCUUCACCUUUUCGUUUCGAGACAAGUGUAAAUUCCAAUAAACAAACGUAUAGAUAGCUUUGUACUUACACGAAGGUAUCGUGUACCCCGUAUUGUAACAAAUACGCGAUACCAUUUUUGUUCUUCGAGUUAAAACACAACGGAAGAUUGUGUUGCGUGAAUCACGUGCCAAAUUCUAGGAUAAAUGAAAAAAAAAAAAAAAAAGAAAA